AUGUCGUCCAGUGGUACUCAGUCCAGUGCCAAGACUACCUCUAAGAAGACCACCAAGCUUCUAUCGACACUGAAGAACGUGGUUCGCGUAACCUUCUACAAGAAGUCUGAGGACAAGAAGGAGAACACAAUUGAAGAGCGCCUCUGCAGACACGAAGAGCGGUCCAUGCAAGCUGGACCUCCUAGGCAAGUUGAGCGUCCCACGUACGAGCACCAACCCUGGUCGUACAGGCAGCCAGAAUCUCCCGACCUCAAACCAACUCAGGAGGAGUAUGAUAAGGCAGAUUGGGCUUAUGCUCUCCAUGGAGUCUUGGACGAUUCUCUACCCUUGGAGAGCCCGCGUCCGAAACAUCCUGGCAAGCAUGGCAUACUCGACAACGUCGAGGCUGUUACACCUGAGGACUAUAAUAAAUAUGAUCAGACAGGUUGGGGUUAUGUCAAACUAGCAGGGUUGAACGAUUUUGUACCCGCGGAGAGUCCAACUCCAUGUCCUGCUGGCAAUCCUAGCAUGGUCGAGGCUACUACACAGGAGAGCAUGAUGGACGAGAUCCAGGCAACUGCAGAGGAGGAUCAGGUUCUUGUCGAAUCUCGUCGGUUUAUAAACUAG